UACACUUGCACGCUCUCUGGAGUGAUAAGAAUAAAUAGCGCCGCAUGUGUGCCAGUUUUUUUACAUUCCAGUUGCUACAUUACUUACUUGGCCAAAGCACUCGCCAUCGCAGAGCUCGGCAAUGCACGCAGCUGCUGUGCCCUUACUUUUCUUCUGUACAGCCACAUUACUUACAGGGGUGUAAGGACUCACCAAGGGCUAUAAUUACAAUUAACAGGAAAGCACUGAAGAGAUCGGUUCACGCGCAAGAUGUUGAUUUGGUAAUUGUCACGAAAAGUAUACACAAGACUUGUUAUCCGAUUCCGUUUAUGCCUUUCGUUUUGUGCAAUGUGCGGCAAAACGUCGAUAUAGCGGUACCCCCCGGUAAUGGCACAGACCGAGGCUCAAACGCUACUGAAGCUUUGCCACCAGAGACAGAUGUGACUGCAGUUGGUGACUCUGAAUCUCCUACGACUUCUGACGACGCUGACUCAGUUGACGACAGCUCCAGCAAAACUGCGUCAUCCAACGUCAACGAUACGCUGGGUUCACUUGAAGCUUCACCUAGCAAUGACAAUGGAAACGAGAGUGUGGACGCGAGUGCUGACGCAUCUUGAGAAUAUUCUGAUUGUAAGGCCUUAAUUGUGUUUUGAAAAAUAAAAAGGAAAAUGGCAAUGAAAGUGUAAAA